AUGGGCGAGAGCAAGAAAGAGCAUGAGGAGACGGUGUUGAAGAGCUGUAUCUGGCACUACUGGCUGGAAGAGUGCGUACCCUCGCUGCACGUGGACGACACGGCAGACUGGCUGGAGCAGGAUGUCAUCGCCGGCUUCCGAGUAUGGCAGCUCAUGUUCCUCUCUCUCGGAGGCCUCAUCGUCGUCGUGGUGGUGAUGUGCUGCUUUAUGAAAUGCCGCAUUCCGAGAACGAAGCAAGAGAUCGAGGCAGACUUCCAUCGAAAGAAGCUCACCCAAGUUUUUAGAAAGCAUCUGAACAAAGUGCCCGUCGAAGAAGUCGAAUUUAAGUUAGCGCUAGAGAAAGUGAAAGCCCUGUACGAGCACGAACAGGAGAAGCGGAGCCGGGGUUCCUGGGACUCGCUCGCCGAAUGUGAGGACCUGACGCUGCGGCAGCGGCUGCGGAAGCUACUGCGAUCGCUCAAGCCUAAGCCUCAAGCUGCCGUUCCUCGCGUAGCAAGCUCGGGUGACGACGCCGAUUCUGAGAGCAACUCGGCCGGUGACUCACGCGCCGACGCCGCCAGCCACUCGGGUGGCACCAUCCCAAGCAGUGAGGAGAGCAGCCACGCCGGCGGAUGCCGCACCAUACGAGAGGAGAGGAUCUCCAUCGAAGAAGAUCCCGACGAUGACGUACAGGCGUAGCCAACGUUGUAAACGCCCUGAAUGUGCUUCGGCUGUUUUUUUCGUGAUCGUGCCUCCUCCUUUGGCGUCGUGCGCUUAUGCGAUACAGAGACAACUGUUUCGGGUUGAAGUGUGUUACUUUUCGCGUUGUCUAUUGUUAUAGUGCUAUCACCAUCAUCGUUAUUAUGAUUAUCAUCAUCACCAACAUUGCUACAACCAACAACAUCUUGUGUAACGUCCUCUGCGCGACGCAUAUCCGUUCUAGAGACCCCAAGUUUUUCCUGUCCUGCGCAAACUGACUAUACCUCCUAUGCCAUGGUAUGGCUGCUGUGGCUGAGCAUUUGAAAUCGUAUCAUUUCACCUGUAAAUUAUCGCUAACGACUUGCCUCACGACACAUUUUGUUAAUGCAUUUGAGCACCAAUGAUCUCUCAUGCUCUGCACUUGUUGUAUCCGAUCUCCACUUCUUUUUCAUAUGGCCGCGUCUUCGCGAAUGAACCUCGACUCGGAAUUCUUCCCAGAAUUCACCUACUAGA